AUGCAGCAUCAUCGUCCACUUGGUCAUCGUCACUAUUACUAUCCGAAUACAUCCGGCCAAGUAUACGCCCGACCCCGGCCUGCUCCUCCGCACUUCCACCCACAGCAACAGCAGCAGCAACAACAACACGCAAUGAGCAACGCACUCUUGUCUUCCGCUGAGGAAUCGAAUAUAUUCGGAUUUCUAGAUGCCUUUGACUGGGACUUGGAUGAAUCGGUCGGGGCGGGUAUGCCUGCCUUUGACUCAGGCACGAGUAUGCCUUCCGCAGUUGCCGCCGGCCCAGAGGCACCACAGAUCGCGAUGGAUGUUGACCCGUUUUUCGCUCAACGCCAAUCUGCACUUGUUCCGUUUGGUGUUGCUCACCACUCACCACCCCCUUCGUUGUCCAUACGAACAUCGCCGGAUGAAGGGCUUGUCAGCGGCGGCUUGUUAACUCCUGGCGCAUCAACACCGACGAACUCACGGACUCCCAAACCACUUCUCACUCAGCCCCAAAAACGGCUAAACCACAUCAUGUCGGAGCAGAAACGAAGGAAUGCGAUCAAGGAAGGAUACGAGACACUUGCGAUGCUGCUCUCGCCCGGAGACGUCUCGCUCAAACUGGCCGAACUCGCAUCUCCCGAGAAGAAGGCUCAGGCUGCGGUCAUGGCUAGCGAGUUUGGGUACACUGGUAGGCCAGGGCGAGCCCGUGGGUCGGGAAAGAAUGGGAAAGCUAAAAAGAUGGGGAAAGGAAAGAGUGGUAUGCUCUUCCGUGCAGUCGAGUUUUGCAAGUGGCUGCAACAAGAUGUCGAUGCGCUUCGUAUUGAAAUCGAACGCCUCGAGGGUGUCCGCCCCUAUAAUUCUGGCCCUAAUCGGUCACCUAAUACCCAGCCCCAAUAA